GUGGAGUAAUGGUUCAGAUUUGAUCACGGCGCAAUACGCACGCUCAUACUAACGAUCCGAGGUGGCUACCUACAAUAACUUAUCACAGAGUUUCUUUUAUUCCAAAUUAUAGUGAAUGUUCGUGUUCAACAGCUUGUACCGUUUUAUUAUCUUUCUUGUAUAUAUAUAUAUAUAUAUAUAUUAAAAAAAAGAAGACAAAUCGUUUCUUUAUCGACCAGCGUUAUGGAUGUUUCCAAAGGUGUCUUGGUUUUAACUCUAGUCUGCACGUUGCGACCUAUGCUGUCCCUUCAGAUAUGUGACAUCAUGCUGGAGAUGGAGAAGGAGAAAGAGACGUGCAUGGCCCAGUUAGAAAACAUGACAACAGGUUGCAGUGGGACGUGGGACAAGGUGGCCUGCUGGCCCAGCGCCAAUACAGGACAGGUGGUCACCAUCCCCUGCCCUGUCUACUUCUUAUACUUGACCAACGACUUCAUCAUGGGUAACCUGUCGAAGACCUGCACCAGUGAUGGCUGGUCUGAGGUUAGCCCUGCUUCCUAUGCACUGAAUUGUGGGUACAACGCCAACGUCACCAAAGUUGAUGAUGAUGACACGGAGGAGUUCUACUGGGCAGUGAAAGUAGGCUACACUAUCGGACACAGUCUCUCUCUCAUCUCCCUCACUAUCGCUAUCGUCCUACUCUGCACUUUUAGGAAGUUGCACUGCACCAGAAACUACAUCCACAUGAACCUGUUUGUGGCGUUCAUACUGAAAGCCAUUGCCGUGUUUAUCAAAGAUGUGGUUUUAUACGAAGUCGGGGAGUCCGACUGUCAACCUGAAACUGUGGGAUGUAAGGCAGGGGUUGUCUUCUUCCAGUAUGGCAUCAUGACCAGCUACUUCUGGCUAUUGGUCGAAGGCCUUUACGUCCACACCCUAUUGGCUGUCUCCUUCUUCUCCGAGAGGAAGUACUUCUGGUGGUACAUUCUGAUUGGCUGGGGGGCCCCAACUAUUUUUAUCACAGCUUGGGUUAUUACAAAGGCUUAUUUAAAACACUCUGGGUGUUGGGACAUUAUUAACGACCAUCCCUGGUGGAUCAUCAAAAUGCCAAUAUUACUGACCAUACUGGUAAACUUCAUCCUGUUCAUCUGCAUAAUACGGAUCCUGCGUCAGAAAAUGAAUUGCAGAGACAUAGGAAGGAAGGAAUCUCAUCAAUACUCGAAAGACAUCCUGCAAAGACACCCAGCUCUGAGAUAUUGCUAUAAAAUACCCUCCAGCUACAGAAAAUGGAGGUUGGCUAAAUCCACACUACUGUUGAUACCUCUGUUCGGAAUCAACUACAUCAUCUUUGCCUUCAUCCCUGAAGACAUCAACACUCGAAUCAGGAUGGUCAUUGACCUGAUUCUAGGAUCCUUCCAGGGGUUUGGGGUUGCAGUACUGUAUUGUUUCCUAAAUGGAGAGGUGCAGGGGGAGGUGAAACGUAAGUGGCGAAGGUGGCACAUGCAAAGGUUUCUGGGUAAAGGAGACACCAAAUACCAGCAGCCCCAGUAUCUGGGUAGCAACGGCAACAACUUCAGCACCCAGAUCACCAUGCUGACCAGGUGUAGCCCCACCACACGUCGAGCUUCCGACUGCCAGGAACACUUCUCUGCUAUCUGAGCCCAGCUCUGGGUGGUAACAGAGGGCAGAGAAGAGGAGGCAACAGAGACGUGCUGCACUGAAGUGCUGUUUAGUAUUCAGUCAGCACAGCAGAGACCACCAGCCAACCACACACAACAGCAGCAAUGAUAGGCUUAGAUCAGGAAUGCCUGCGGUCCCCUUUUGUAAGCUGCGGACCAAUUUAACACAAUUUAUUUUGCUUGUUUUUUGUUUAAUUUAGGAAAUCAGUUCCCAAGUAUUCCUACAAAUAAAAAAAAGAGACAUCAUCGUGUCUCAAUGAUUGUUAUUUUCAAAAUCUCUUUUUAGGCUUAGUUGUGGUUGCAGUGUACACAUUUUUAUAUGGGGCAGCAGGUAGCCUAGCGGUUAGAGAGAAGCAAGCCAGCAACCGGAGGUUUGCCAGUUCGAAUCCCGGGUCCGACUGGAAAAAUCUGUCAAGAAGUGAGCUGGCAACCGAAGGGUUUGCUGGUAUCAAGACACUUAACCCCCCACAACAACAGCUCCCCAGGCACUCAGUGUGGUGGCCCUGACACCUCCAAAACCUGUAUACUGUAUGCAUGUAUGUAUGUAUGUGUGUCUUUCGGAGAGGGUUGGGUUAAAAGCGGAAGUUACAUUUCAGUUAGACGUUGUUUGACCAAUAAAGUGAUCUAAAGCUUCAUAACUAUGUUCUGGUCCUCCAACCAGCCGCAAUGACAAAAAUCAGCCCACAGCUAAAUCUAGUCACCUACUCCCUGGUCUACACUAUCUGUGUUUAGUCCAAAAAAACAUUCCAGUUCAAAUCACCAUUGGAUAUAUCUGUGUGUGUAUUGAGUGGUGUGUUAGUCUGUGUGGCAGGGUUGAAGUCAAUUCCAUUUUAAUUCUAGUCAAUUCAGAAAGUAAAACCAUUCAAGAGAAUUAGAAUUUCAGUGUACUUCCUGAAUUAAAAAUGGAAUUGACCCCAACUCUGCUGUGUGGCUUAAGAUAAUAUUGCUUCAUAACUUUACAUUGGUCUCAUAUGCUAGCUACAGAAGCCUGAUCCCAGAUCUGUAACAUAUGUGCUUUAGCCAACUUCUUUGUCAUACAUGUUUGACAUGACAACAAAUGAACAUGUCAGAGAAGUUGGCUAACAGAAGAGCAACAGGUUAUGAGCUACGACUAGGUAUUAGGCUAGGAGCUAGAACUAGGUAACAGGUUAGGAGCUAUAACUAGGUAACAGACUAGGAGCUAGGACUAGGUAAGAGGCUAGGUAACAGGCUAGGAGGUAGGUAACAGGCUAGGAGCUAAGACUAGGUAAGAGGCUAGGUAACAAGCUAGGUAACAGGCUAGGAGCUAGGUAACAGGUCAGGAGCUAGUACCAGGUAACAUGCACGGAGCUAGGUAACAGGCUAGGAGCUAGGACUAGGUAACAGACUAGGAGCUUGAACUAGGUAACAGGCUAGGAGCUAGGACUAGGUAACAUGCUAGGAACUAAAACUAGGUAACAGGCUAGAAGCUAGGACUAGGUAACAGACUAGGAGCUAGCACUAGUAAACAGGCUAGGAGCUUGGUAACAGACUACGGCCUAGGACUAGGUAACAGGGUAGGACUAGGUAAAAGGCUAGGACUAGGUAACAGACUAGGAGCUUGAACUAGGUAACAGGCUAGGAGCUAGGACUAGUUAACAGGCUAGGAGCUAGGUAACAGGCUAGGACUAGGUAAAAGGCUAGGAACUAGGACUACGUAACAGGCUAGAAGCUAGGUAACAGGCUAGGGGCUAGGCAAAAUGUAGGAGCUAGGUAACAGGCUAGGAGCUAGAUAACAGGCUAUGAUCUAGGACUAGGUAACAGGCUAGGAGCUAGGUAACAAGCUAGGAGCUAGGACUAGGUAACAGGCUAGGUGCUACUACUAGGUAAUAGGCUAGGAGCUAGGUAACAGGCUAGGAACUAGGAAUAGGUAACAGGCUAGGAGCUAGGUAACAGUCUAGGAGCUAGGAUUUGGUAACAGACUAGGAGCUAGAACUAGGUAACAGGCUUGGUGCUACUACUAGGUAAUAGGCUAGGAGCUAGGUAACAGGCUAGGAGCUAGAUAACAGGCUAGGAUCUAGGACUAGGUAACAGGCUAGGAGAUAGGUAACAGGCUAGGAGCUAGGACUUGGUAACAGGCUAGGAAUUAGGAAUAUGUAACAGACUAGGACUAGGUAACAGGCUAGGAGCUGGGUAACAGGCUAGGAACUAGGACUUGGUAACAGGCUGAACUAGGUAACAGGCUAGGAGCUAGAUAACAGGCUAGGAGCUAGGGCUAGGUAACAGGCUAGGAGCUAGGACUAGGUAACAGGCCAGGAGCUGGGACUAUGUAACAGGCUAGGACUAUGUAACAGGUUAGGAGCUAGGUAACAGGCUAGGAGCUAGGACUAGGUAACAGGCUAGGAGUUAGGACUAGGUAACAGGCUACGACUAGGUAACAGGCUACGACUAGCUUGCAGGGUAUGAGCUAGGUAACAGGCUAGGAGCUUUGGCUAGGUAACAGGCUAGGAGCUAGGUAAAAAGCUAGGAGCUAGAUAACAAUCUAGGAGCUUGGACAAGGUAACAGGCUAGGAGUUGGGAUGAGGUUACAGGCUAGGUUACAGGAGAAGGUGUGUGAGAAAGGCAAAGCCCAUUAAACUGGAAAUGUUCCUGUUAGGUGAAAACGUAUUGAAACUCAACCCACAGAAGUUCACAUCCAGAUACAGUAUAUUAAUAGUUUAACCAACCACAGAGCAACAUUGAUUUUAGAGGUCAACAUUUAGUGGUUAACAUUCCAGUUAAGGGAUUUAAGUGACGCACAACAGGGAGUUAAAACAUAAUAUUAUUCUAGUUUUUCCAUCGUUUUCUCAUUGAUGGAUGCAUAGGAGAGCUUUGGGAGCCAUACCACCUGUAGGAAUGAGUGUCAAGAGAAACAGAGCAUUAAAUAAAAGGACUCGGGUUCACACAGUGCUACUUAAAACCUUAUGCUGGUAGCUAGGGGACCAGUCUUAAAGACGCACUCCAGGCUCCUUUUCUCCUCAUUUACUUAAAAAGGCGAUCAAUGGGUUGUCUAGGUAUGACAUGACAUCACACAAGUGGUGGUGGGGGGGUCCUUUUCUCUUUUGAUCCCACAAGUAAGGGGGGGGGGGGGCAUCAGACCAACUUCUUCAAUGGCCUACUCCUUGAAGUUUGCAUUUAAAAAAAUAUUUUCUCUUUAAGUGUGUGUACAUUAUUGUAUUUAUACAUGGGAUAUUUUGUUUUUCACAGAAAAAAAGUUUUACAAAAAUAGCUGAAGAGAUUCUUUAAGCUGUUUAUUAAACCACUACCAGACUGAUUGACUGGCUGGGCUGGCCAGUUCACGUUACUCAACUUUAGAAUUACACGUUGUCCAUGUGGCAGCAUCUACAUUGGAAGGAUCUUAAAGUGAAAUGUUAUCCACGUGGUCUAGUCUAUAUUGGAAGCAUCUGGUCUGGUCCCUUAUCUAUCUAGUAUCCAGCUUUCCAUGAUCAACCAGAGGUUUAGCCUUUGAUGAAGACACUUUUAUGUACCAGAAUUAUGUUGUGUUGAAAUAUAGCUGGAUAACAUUCCAAGAAAAGAAGCUUAUAGUUUUCAUAGAAUUUAUGUGCGGGAUUGAAGCGCAGAUGUUUUCAUUGUAAGGCAGAGUCUCUUAGUGCAUAGUUUGGUGUGCAGACAGUCAGGUAUUUUUAAGUCUUGCUCUUACAUUUCCCUCAACCGCCCCCCCCCCCCCCCCCCCCAUUAAAAAAAAGCCAAUAGUAUUGCGUUUCAGUACAGAUGCACCUGUAUGUGUUUUUCGUUCACAACUUCAACUUAUCCACUAAAGAUCAUAAGUGGGAAGACCAGGCGGUUAGCCAUGGCGUUUAGCCGUAUGGUGAAGUGAUGGGGGGGCGUAAAAUGUUUAAAAGUUUCCUCCCAUAGCUCCUAACCUGUUGCCACCUCUACGAGGUAAGAUAUUUGAUUUCAAUGGUACUGAAUUGUUUCCCACUUGGUUUCUAAAACCUUUCAGAAAUCUGUGUUGUUUACCUUGUUGAAUUUCAUUGUACAUGUGAAUACGUGAACGUACCUCUCACUAAAAAUGUCAUACAAUUGUUCCAGCUAUGGUGAAGCUACAUAUACAGUAGGAAUGAAGUACAUUUUUAUCAUGUGUUUUAUUGUGGUUAUUUACAGUUCUCAGGUGAUGACUGGAUUUCAAUGCAUAUCAUGUAUUAUGUCAUUAUUUUUAAGUUAGUAUUUGUGUUAUGCGUUCAGUUGUAUUAUUUUAAACACACUGUAUUGAUAUUCUCUGUCAUUUGAUAGAAUAUCUACAAGAAUAAUUAUAUUCGACAUUCUAUGGAAUGCUUUGGAACAUUCCGAACAACACAAAAACUGGUGUAAGCAAGUGUUUUGUAAAUAUUGUGCAAUUCUGCUUUUGGAUUCAGUUUAAAUUAUGUUCUAGUAAAGACAGAAGCAAUGAAA